AAGAAAUGUUGUUGGGCGGCCAUAUUGGAUAACAGUCAGAGCGAAUAAGUGAGGAGAGAAGAGUUACAGCUGAUAAUGAACAGACCUCUGAGGACAUUUCUGACGUGUAUGCUGAGAGUCAGGACUGAUUUAGCCUCCAGCAGGACUUCCUCCCUGUGUCCUUACACAUGCAUUGCACCUUCACGGCCUCAGUCCACAGGCGUGAAAACGCGCUCGUACCUGCAGUAUGUUAAAAGGAAAAUACUUGCACCCAAAGCUCCUCCGUAUGGCCACGUGUGUCAGGUCGGAGAUCCGGUGUUGCGCUGCAGCGCUACAGAUGUGGAGCCGGCAGCUGUGCAGGGAGCGGAAGUGCAGCGCGUGAUUAACACCAUGGUAACGGUGAUGCGCAGGCUGAAGUGUGUGGGACUGAGCGCGCCGCAGCUCGGGGUUCCUCUGCGCAUCAUAGCUAUGGAGUAUACAGAGAAGAUGCUGCAGGAGAAUCCUCCAGCUGUCAUCGAGGCCCGUGGUCUGGUCUCAGUGCCCCUGAAGGUGUUCAUUAAUCCUCAGCUCCGGGUGCUGAACGAGCAGACUGUCAACUUCCAGGAGGCCUGUGAGAGCAUCUCGGGCUUCUCGGCUUCUGUCCCACGCUACAUCUCUGUAGAGGUCUCAGGACUGAACGAAAAAGCUGAACCCGUCGCCUGGCAAACUAGUGGAUGGCCAGCAAGAAUACUGCAACAUGAGAUGGAUCACCUCAGUGGAAUUCUUUACAUUGACCGUAUGGACAGUAAAACGUUUAUUAAUGUGAACUGGGAGGAAUACAAUGAAUAGCAGUUCUGCAUUAAAAAAAAAAAGUACAUUAACUUGCCACUGAUUGUGCUUUAAACUAAAACAUUUUAUUGCACCAUAA